AAUCGGAGAAAUCACUUCUGACUAGGAGAUAAUUUGUACUGAAAAACAAAACAUACUGAACCAUUUUUUCAUGUGUGUAGUGUACUCUCGAAGGCCAGCUAACCGAGUUAUAUUCUCUAUAUAAGCGGAGAAAAAACAUUUGGUCUUAAAUUUAUUGUAGCUUGCACUAACACUUAUUACUGCAUUUACUUUAUUCCUCGGAUGAAAAAUGUCGGUAACUAGGAGACUCAAUGUGUUGCUAAGGAAAAUACAGGAAACUGUAACUGUCAGUGAUAGACAUGUAUUGGCAGUCGCCCGCCAGCCCAGCACGGAUUUGGCUGAACCCAGUGAACCUAGGGUUGUUACCGACAUCCCCGGACCAAAGUCAAAACAACUGAUUCAAGAGCUAGACCAGAUACAGAAUGUUGGCGCAGUUCAUUUUUUCUGUGACUAUGACAGCAGUCAUGGCAACUACUUGGCUGAUGUAGACGGCAACGUUCUGUUGGACUUGUUCACGCAGAUUUCGUCUGUACCUCUUGGUUACAACCAUCCAGCAUUGAUCAAUGCCGUGUCCAAACCUGAAAAUAUGUCCACAUUCGUAAACCGUCCAGCCCUGGCAGUCUAUCCUCCCGCAGACUGGGUAUCAAGGCUACAGAAUGCUCUUGUAUCUGUUUGCCCACCAGGUAUGACCAACGUACAGACAAUGGCAUGUGGAACUUGUUCUGUGGAACAUGGUCUUAAAGCUAUUUUUAUAAAAUAUAUGAGUGACCAGAGAGGAGGGAAAGCCCCGGACAAGGAGGCUCUGGAGUCAUGCCUAGUUAACAAGGCACCAGGAUCACCCCCUCUCUCCAUUCUUUCAUUCAAUGGAUCAUUCCAUGGAAGAACAAUGGGCGCUCUAGCUUGCUCUCACUCUAAGUGGAUACACAAGUUGGAUUUUCCGGUACCAGACUGGCCUCUCGUCCGAUUCCCAAACCUAAAAUACCCGCUAGAAGAAUAUGUUGCGGAAAACAGGGCAGAGGAAAACAAGAUCCUAGAAGAGGUGGAAGACAAGAUAGAGGAAUAUAACAAGAAAGGCCAACCUGUUGCCGGGAUAGUUGUAGAACCUGUACAAUGUGAAGGGGGAGAUGUCUUCGCAACGGGAGAAUUUUUCCAGGGACUCAGGGAUAUAACUAACAAGAGAGGUUUAGGAUACCUCAUGGACGAGGUACAGACGGGAUGUGGAGCAACAGGAAAAUUCUGGGCACAUGAACAUUUCAACCUGACUGAUUCCCCUGAUAUUGUUACAUUCAGUAAGAAAAUGUUGACUGGAGGAUUCUACAAGAAGGAAUCUUUCAAACCUAAAGAGGGAUUCAGGAUUUUUAACACAUGGGUAGGUGAUCCCAGCAAGAUUGCUCUGUUGGAAGAAGUUGUCAAAGUAAUUAAAGAGGAAAAUUUAUUACACAGUAUGAAGGUCACUGGGGACUACCUUCUAUCUGGACUCAAGCUUAUGCAGGCCAAAUAUCCAGAAAUAUUAUCAAAAUCUCGGGGACUCGGAACACUGUGUGCUAUCGACUGUAACAAUACUGCUACGAGAGAUAAAGUGAUGGCAAAUCUUCGUAAGAAAGGAAUUCACACGGGUGCCUGUGGAGAGACGUCUCUGAGGUUUAGAACAACUUUGCUCUUCCAGAACAAACACGUUGACGUGUUCAUGGAACGAUUUGAUGACGUCCUGUCCGAACUCAGCAAGUGAAGCGACGCAUUUUGUUCAUGAUCUCAGCAAGUACAUGGACUCUUUGUUAGAAUUCUUUGAAUUGAACAAUGUAAGGCUUGGAUGAAGCACAAAGACGGGAAUCGUGUAAGGUAUUGAACUGUAAUUAUUGAACUGUGAGGAGAUUGUAUACUUUCAGCAGAUAUGACAGUAUUUCAAGAACUUAUACAGACUGGCGGGGAAUUGAGAUUUUAACAUUUUUAGCUCACCUGAGCACAAAGUGCUCAAGGUGAGCUUUUGUGAUCGCUCUGUGUCCGUCGUCCGUCGUCGUCAACAAUUUGACUGUUAACACUCUAGAGGUCACAAUUUUGGUCCAAUCUUAAUGAAACUUGGUCAGAAUGUUACCCGCAAUAACAUCUUGGACGAGUUCGAUAUUGCGUCAUCUGGGUUCAAAAACUAGGUCACCAGGUUAAAUCAAAGGAAAAGCUUGUUAACACUCUAGAGGUCACAAUUUUGGCCCAGUCUUCAUGAAACUCGGUCAGAGUGUUACCUUUAAUAAAAUCUCGGACGAGUUUGAUAUUGGGUUAUCCAGGGUCAAAAACUAGGUCACCAGGUCAAAUCAAAGGAAAAGCUUGUUAACACUGUAGGGGCCACAUUUAUGACUGUAUCUUCAUGAAAUUUAGUCAGAAUGUUAAUCUUGAUGAUUUCAAGGUCCAGUUUGAAUCUGGGUUAUGUAGGAUCAAAAACUAGGUCACCAGGUCAAAUCAAAGGAAAAGCUAGUUAACACUCUAGAGGCCACAUUUAUGACCAUAUCUUAAUGAAUCUUGGCCAGAAUGUUAAUCUUGAUGAUAUAUAGAUCAAGUUAAAAUCUGGGUAAGAUGGGGUCAAAAACUGGGUCACUAGGUCAGAUCAAAGGAAAAGUUUGUUAACACUCUAGAGGCCACAUUUAUUACUGUAUCUUCAUGAAACUUAGGAAGAUUGUUAAUCUUGAUGAUCUUUAGAUUAAGUUUGAAUCUGGGUCUUAUGGGAUAAAAAUCUAGGUCACCAGGUCAAAUCAAAGGAAAAGCUAGUUAACACUCUAGAGGUCACAAUUUUGGCGCAAUCUUAAAGAAACUUGGUCAGAAUGGUUCCCUCAAUAAAAUCUUGGACGAGUUUGAUAUUGGCUCAUCUGGGAUCAAAAACUAGGUCACCAGGUCAAAUCAAAGGGAAAGCUUGUUAAUACUGUAGAUGCCACAUUUAAGACUGUAUCUUCAUGAAACUUGGUCAGAAUUUUAAUCUUGAUGAUCUCAAGGUCCAGUUUGAAUCUGGGUCAUGUAGGGUCAAAAACUAUGUCACCAGGUCAAAUCAAAGAAAAAACUAGUUAACACUCUAGAGGCAACAGUUAUGACCAUAUCUUAAUGAAAUUUGGUUAGAAUGUUAAUCUUGAUGAUUCCUAGGUCAGGUGAGCGAUACAGGGCCUUCGUGGCCCUCUUGUUUGUUAAGGAAUAGUUGUUUUAUCCGGUUAGAAAUAUUAGUGUAAAUGUUAAUAUGUGUCAUGCAUAUAAAUUUUGUAUUUAGUACAUGUACAACAAAAACUGCUUUAAUUUAGAUAUUUUUUCAGAUUGUUUUAAUUAUACGUAGUAAAUACAUGUUACGUGUAUUGUAUUUUUGUAAAUACAUAUUUCACACCUUAGAAAGGUAUAUUUUUAGUGAUUAUACAUGUGUAUGCAAUAAUUAGAUCAUACAUAUCAAAUAUUAUAAUAUCACAAAUAUUACGAAUAUUUUUCAUACUUUUAGCACAAAUACAUAAUUUUCUCACAACUAAAUAAUUUUGUCACAAUAGGCAUAUAAUAUAAAUGCUACAUGAAGUAUGAAAUAUCAACGAAAAGUCCAUACGUGACCAUUCUCGCAUACCAGAGGUUUACUAUAGUUCCCUAGUUACUCGUUUGGUUCUGUUGGAUGAGAAUGCUACAUGACAAACUCCGUUUGUUUAGAAAUCUGUAAGAAUUUUAACUGAUUAUAGUUAAAAUUCAAAUCAACAUGCGUCCUUCUAUACAUUUUUUUCUUUGAUGGUUAUACCCUUUGACGUAGCAUACAAUGUAAUGCUCUUAGAUAGUUCCUUAGGGAUAUUGCACGAAAUACUCGUGAAAGAAAUCUGACAAUAUGUGAUUAUUUUCGACCAGUCAGAUGAGUUUGGAACAAAUCCACUGACUUUAUAUUUGAUUGUUUGCAACAUAUGAUACACAUGAUCAACCCACCGAGCGAUCUCUUAUCAUUCCUUUAUACAGACUUCUGGAAUUUUGAAUUUUAAUGUGGUUGAUCAGAUAGAUGUAAAAGACAAAAUUAAUGGAUAACUUACAUAUGACACCACUUUUAUAAUUUAUACAGAAUAUAGUAUGAAUAGAGAAAUAUGUAUUGUAUAUAUGAAUUGUUUGCGAAAUAAAACACUUUUUCUUUUCUGAA